AUGAGUAAGACUCCCAAAUUAAUGCUUGUUAUUGCCUUCCUUUGUCUAGUCUUGACAUCCGCCAUUGCUCGCGGUGGCUUUGGAAGAAGUGGAGGAGGAUUCCGGAGUGGUGGUGGUGGAUUUGGUGGUGGCACAAAAGGUGGCGGCGGCGGCGGCGUUGGAAAAGGUGGUGGAGGAGGUGGCUCAUCAAAGGGUGCGGGUGGCAGUGGAGGAGGAUCUAAGGGCGGUGGAGUUGGUGGUGUAGGAAGCGGGAUAGGCGGCGCUAUCGUCGGCGGUUCGAUCGCCGGCGCCGGCCAUUAUUUACCUGGUGGCUAUUAUCAUUAUUAUCCUGGUGGCCAUUGGUAUCCUUUUGGAUGUUAUUAUCCUGGUGGUAUCUAUUAUCCCGGCGGCUGUCUUUAUCCUGGUGGCCAUUACUAUCAUGGUGGCCCUCAUUACCCUGGUGCACCGGCUCCAACAAGUGGCGGCGCAUUCGACUACGGAUUAUGGUUGCCGGCCAAGAAAGUGAGAGCAAGGAAAACAAUGGCGGAUGCUUACCAGGGUAGCAGCGGCAGAGGUGGUAGCCGGGAUGGGAAAGAUCGUCGGAGAUCCAGGGACAGAGACGACCAUGAUUAUCACCGGCGGCACCACCGUCAAAGAUCCCGGAAAACCCUCUUUGACCUGGCGCCGGCUGAGUUUACUCAGCCUCCAGCAGCUGAUCUUUCAAUGACGCCGGUGAAUCUGUUGCCAGUUCAGGCAACUCGCCCCGCCCGGCUGGUUUAUGUCGGCAGGCUUCCGCGGUCGGCGAAUGAGGCGUCGCUGGCAGCUUUCUUCAGCCAGGUGAUGCGUAAAAUCGGCGGGAACAGCGCCGGGCCCGGGGAUGCCGUUGUGAAUGCUUACUUCAACCGUGAGAAGAGAUUCGCGUUCUUGGAAAUGCGCUCUGUGGAAGAAGCUAGCAACGCAAUGGCGUUGGAUGGGAUUUUAUUUGAAGGGGGAUCCGUUAAGGUUGGGAGACCCACAGGUUACGACCCGGCUGGAGCUGCCUCUCUUGGUCCUACUCAGCCACAUCCAAACUUGAACCUUGCUGCGGUCGGGCUGAAUCGUCUAUUUGUCGUUCAGCAAGAUCGGGCUUUGGUGCAAGAUCGCGCUGGAUCGUCUAAGGUCAUCUGCCUCAAAGAAGUUCUUAGUAUUGAAGAACUCAAGAAUGAUAAGGAUUACCAGGAGAUAGUUGAAGAUAUGAGGUUUGAGUGCGGGAAAUUCGGAACUCUGGUCAACCUGGUGAUUCCCCGACCCGACCCAAAUGGCAAACUCUUACCUGGGGUUGGUAGGGUUUUUUUGGAGUUUGUCGACGUUGAGAGCGCAGCCAAAGCGCGGGAUGGCCUGAAUGGCCGGAAAUUCGGGGGCAAUCCGGUGGUUGCGGUCUUUUAUCCCGAGAACAAGUUCUCAACAGGGGAUUACAGUGGCUGA